CCCGCGGCCUCUCCCGGCGCGCCUUGUUCUUCCUGGAUACUGAGGCCCCGACGCGGCAGUCGCGAGGGCGGGGGUCGGGGCUGCAGGCGCGGCAGGGCCGGGUGGGGUCGCGCGACGCGCCUGCCUGCUUCCUGCACGGGUAGUCCCCAAGCACUGCGGGGCCCCAGCCCAAAGCGGACCUUCACUACCGCCCAGCCCCGCGCUCCAGGACCUCCCGCCCGCGGAGCCCACUCGGAUUGCUCUUCGUCUGGGUCGGCGGAGGCCCCGUCUCCCGUACUCGGCGCUGGGACUGCUCCGCACCGGGCGGCUCCCUUUAAGCAGCUGCGGGAGCAUGCGGAGGAGGCCCUGCCGGCCCCGCGGGUCAUGGAGGAGUUCCGGCGCUCCUACAGCCGCCUGUGCAGGGAGAGUGGGGCCGAGCCCCAGAAGGCUGUCCUGCAGCAGCUGCACCAGCUUCCCAGGGGCCGGCUGGACCUGGCCACGCAGAGCCUGACGGUGGAGACCUGCAGGGCCCUGGGCAAGCUGCUGCCGAGGGAGAUGCUGUGCACAGAGCUGGUCCUGAGUGACUGCAUGCUCAGCGAAGAAGGGGCCACGCUGCUGCUCCGAGGCCUGUGUGCCAACACCGUGCUGCGCUUUCUGGACUUGAAGGGCAACAACCUUCGGGCUGCAGGGGCCGAGGCUCUGGGAAAACUCCUCCAACAGAACAAGUCCAUUCAGAGCCUCACGCUGGAGUGGAACAGCCUGGGCACGUGGGACGAUGCCUUUGCCACCUUCUGCGGGGGCCUGGCGGCCAACGGCGCCCUGCAGCAGCUGGACCUCCGCAACAACCAGAUCAAUCACAAGGGCGCUGAGGAGCUGGCCCUCGCCCUGAAGGGCAACACCACCCUCCAGCAGCUGGACCUGCGCUGGAAUAAUAUUGGCCUCCUGGGAGGCCGGGCCCUCAUGAACUGUCUCCCCAGCAACAGAACCCUGUGGAGGCUGGACCUGGCUGGGAACAACAUCUCCGGAGAUGUCCUCAGAGCCGUGGAGCAAGCCAUGGGCCACAGCCAGGACCGGCUCACCACCUUCCAGGAGAACCAAGCCCGCACUCACGUCCUCAGCAAGGAGGUGCAGCACCUCCGGGAGGAGAAGUCCAAGCAGUUUCUGGACUUGAUGGAGACCAUUGAUAAGCAGCGGGAAGAGAUGGCCAAGAGCAGCAGGGCGUCGGCAGCCCGCGUAGGACAGCUUCAGGAAGCCCUGAAUGAGAGGCACUCCAUCAUCAACGCUCUCAAGGCCAAGCUGCAGAUGACGGAGGCCGCCCUGGCUCUGUCAGAGCAGAAGGCCCAGGACCUGGGGGAGCUCCUGGCCACAGCGGAGCAGGAGCAGCUGAGCCUAUCGCAGAGGCAGGCCAAGGAGCUCAAGCUGGAGCAGCAGGUG